CGGUCUUGUGAAAAUCUAUGGAGACGUGAUCGUAAAAAUAUUGCGGCACUUCCUGACUUCCAGGCACUUCUGCUGACUUCUGCUGCUACGUGUUGUCGUGAGUACAGAACACUUUAGUUAAUAUGGGGAAGGAGUUCGGAAACCUUGCCAAAAUCAAUGGCAUCGUCUUCUUUCGACUCAGUCCAUACGAGCAGAAAGCCUUCAAAGGAAUAAUCUCCGAAGGUGUUCCAAACACUAUUCGUCGCAUCCGAGGCAGCAUAUUCCGCGUUGCUCCUUUCUUCAUGUUUACCUACCUGCUCGUUAAUUGGGCGAAAGAGAAGAACCUUGCUCUUUCUCGCAAAAAUCCCAAGGAUUAUGAGAACGAUACAUAAAUAUAGGUGAAUAACGUUCUAGUUAAUGGCACUUAGUUUUUAUUUAUAAGGUGAAAUGCCUUUAACGUAAUCUUAUCUUCACGUGUAAAGUAAAAGAAUAAAUAUUGUGUAAGACGUAAUAUAUAUAUGUACUAGAAAUA